GUUUGACGUCAGUAUAACAACAACCUGUCAUGACAGCUCGAAGAAAGAAAUCUCCAGAACAAUAUUUUAUGUGAGCAGUUAUAAAGCCACAUUCACCUGAAUGUGAGAGUCACCAUAAAAGUCUGAGUGCGAUCCAGGGCGGGCAGGACAUUCCGACACCUGCCACCAAGCCAGCCGGAGAGACGGGGAACAGGAUCGGGAAGCAGGGCGAGGCGGGCCCCGCGGAGCCGGUGGAGAAGAUGGCCGGCAGCCCCGAGAAGAGCUCCACCGCGCAGGAGCUGAAGGAGCAGGGGAACCGGCUGUUCCUCUGCCGCAAGUACCAGGAGGCUGCUUCAUGCUACAGCAAAGCCAUCAACCGUAAUCCGUCGGUGGCGGUGUACUACACCAACCGGGCGCUCUGCCACGUGAAGCUGCAGCAGUACGACAAAGCUCUGGCAGACUGCAAGCACGCGCUGGAGCUGGACAGUCAGUCGGUCAAGGCUCACUUCUUCCUGGGCCAGUGUCACCUGGAGCUGGAGAACUACGACGAGGCCAUCGGCAACCUGCAGAAAGCGUAUAACCUGGCAAAAGAGCAGAGGCUGAAUUUCGGAGAUGACAUCCCGAGCGCCCUGCGCAUCGCCAAGAAGAAACGCUGGAACAGCAUCGAGGAGAAGCGCAUCAACCAGGAGAACGAGCUUCACGCCUACCUGACCAAACUCAUUCUGGCCGAGAAGGAGAGAGAACUUGAAGAAUACAAAGAGAAACAGGACGACAAUCAAAAUGGAGGUGAUGCUGGAAAAAUUUCAUCUAAACAUGAGAAAUAUUUAAUGGAGAUGGAGGAGCUUUUCUCUCAGGUGGACGAGAAAAGAAAAAAGCGAGAGAUCCCAGAUUACCUGUGUGGAAAGAUCAGCUUUGAGCUGAUGAGGGAGCCGUGCAUCACGCCCAGCGGCAUCACCUACGACCGCAAAGACAUCGAGGAGCAUCUGCAGCGGGUGGGCCACUUCGACCCCGUGACCCGGAGCCCCCUGACCCAGGAUCAGCUGAUCCCCAACCUGGCCAUGAAGGAAGUGAUCGACGCCUUCAUCCAGGAGAACGGCUGGGUGGAGGACUACUGAGGAGCCCGGCCCGUUUCCCCGUUCAGCUCGACGCUCGGAGCCUGGACGGCGCCAGACUGUAGAGAAGCAGAACAGCCUCACUGCGGACCACCAACCCGGAGAAUCAUUUCUUCUUCUGCAGUAAAUCUUCUUUCUCCGGCUCUGAGGCUCAGUGUUAGCCGCCCGCUGCUCCCGUUAAGUUCACUCUCUUCCUCCUCGUCUUCGUCACGCUGUGUUUGGGCCUCAGAUCGGGCGACCAGAUGGCGCUCGGGUCUCUGCUGCACGCCGCGCUCCGGCGUUCCCACCCGUUAUAAACGCAGAAGAAACAAUCAGACUUUUUGUGUCGGGAUCCAUAAAGAUGUUGGAGUUUUAUUUGAUGUUUCAUCCAAGUAUAUUUUAUGUAAUUCUUCAUGAGAAAUGGACCAUCAGUCACUAAAAUGCCAAAAAGCUGUUGACUCAAAGGAAAAGGGAGCACGUUCCCUUUUCUUCCUGCAGGUGGCGCCUCUUGCACACUUGUCCCAUCUCCUUACUGUAAAACGACGAGUAGAUUUAAAUAGGUCUCUUCUCCUUUGCAUAUCAAUCACUCCCUCUCCCCAAUGCAGAUAAUUAAGAUAAGUUGAAUGUAUGGUUUCUAUAUUUCUUUUUUUAUCAGAACAGUUUAAGGUUUUGGGAAAAGCCUCAAACUGGGAGCAGCAGACGAAUCGCUGCAUUAAAACAAAACUUUCCACGUUGCUGGACAUGAGAUGAAACGCCUAAAUGUUGAAACCUGGGAGACUUUCAGCUGUUGCUGCGCUGUUUGGUCCCAGAUGACGUUUCUGGACCCCAACAUGAGGAGGAUCGCAUCAAGCAUGAAUUGCAUUUCCUUGAACUAGGACAAAUCUUUGCCCCGUCAGAACGGACUUGAGGUUCAGAUGCACCACUGACUCGGUGUCUGCCACUUAAAAUAAAAAACAUGCUGGAAGAGUUAGAGCAUCUUUGUCCAUACCUCAGUCCAAGUGUUUGCUUGCUGGCUUUCCAGCAUUUUCUGUAAUAAAACUGCAAAUACAGAAAAUACUUUUGGUUUAGUUUCUAUUGCAAAUGUCUUAGUCAACAUAAAAUACGACAAAAUUAAGUAGUAAGUCACUUUUCAGCAACAUAAGAGCAUUUGUUUAGUAAGUAAUCCCUUAAUAUCGAUAGAAAUGUUAAUUAAAAUGUAUCUGGCAGAUUAUUUUAAUUAUAAUAAAAACAUUUUUUAUAAGUGAAAUAAUUCAGCAGAACUAUAAAUAUUCCAUCAGUAUUGAGGAGUCAUUGACUCAACAAGCUCUUAUAUUUUGCUAAAAAGCUCCUUAUCAGUUAGUUUUGUCUUAUUUGAACUGUACUGAUAUAUUUACACUAAAACUAGGCAAACAGCCUUGUUUUGUGUUUUUGCAGUGUAAGCAUCAGCGAUGCGUCCUUAACGCUCUCAUGUGAUUUUGUUCCUUCAGUUGGUUUUUGGUGAAAUGGCUCUUUAUUGGAGUGACCAGAUAAAUCCAACAUCUUUGAAAUGAAGGAAAUUAUUUCUUAUUGAUGAUGUUUACACUGCAAAAACAAAAUGGUCCUAGUUUCUGGUGCAAAAAUCUCAGAACAUUGAAAUGACAAAAAAAACAGUUCAGCAAAAAAAAGCAUCUUGUUUUAAGUUAAUAGUUCCUUACGAGAUGAACAUGUUCUAGUUUUAUUAGAAGAUAUUUUUCACUUGUAGAAAAAUAUCUUGUUCUAAGGGAAAUAAUCCACUAAGAUUGAGCUUUUUCAUCAAUUUUAAAGAGUUACUGACUCAAAUCAAGCUCCGAUAUUUUGCUAAGAAGUUACUUGUUUUGUCUUGUUUUAUGUGUCCUGAGAUAUUUGCAGCAGAAACGAGACUAAAAAUGUUUAGAUUUGGUGUUUUUGCAGUGAAUAAAAUGAGUUUUCAAUCCAAUGCUUGGUAGUUUACAGCUGAAUGUGUCUGGUGAGUCCGGUCCGCCCGUCAGUCAGCAGGCCGGGUUUUGUGCUGAGGUUCAGGCUUUGUAUAUAAGUUGCUGGUGUUGCUCAGAUUUUAGUUCAUGAAAAGUUAGGAUUCUUUUCUUUGUCUGGAGAAAUCCUAGAAAUUAAUAAACUGUAUUAAAUGUAGAUAUGUUGAUAACAUGAA